CUCAAAGUCAAAUGAAGCAGAGCCAGUAGUACAGGACAUUGAUGAAUUUUAAUGUAUCCUUCAAAAUAACUUCAUAAUAAGUAAAUUAGCAAAAUCCAUCACAUAUUAAAAAAAAAACCUUAUUCUUAAGUUUCAGUAUAUGAUUCAAGAACAUCAACCAACAGUGAUGAACCAAUUAUCUCCAUUUGAAUAGAAUCCACCAAACUCAAUUUUUUUUCCCAGACAGAACAAAAUCUAAUAAGUCAUGGGUGCAAAACCUCAUGAACUCUCAUGUCUUGUCUUAGCUCUGUGCUUCUGUCUCUCCGUAUCGGCCGACGUUUUCCUCAGCAUCGAUUGCGGCUCGUCCGUCUCAUACAGAGACGCUAACCUCAUCGACUGGUCGGGUGACGAAAACUUCACACUAACUGGCGAAUCCCGUUCGGUUCCCUCCGCCAGCUGGCUCCCCCGAGCAGCAGCCACGCUUCGCGUUUUCACGUCCCGAGUCAAAAACUGCUACCAAAUCGACUCGUUCAAAAAGGGCCGCGUGCUCGUGCGCGCGGGGUUUUACUACGGGGACUACGACGGCAGAUCAUCUCCGCCGACUUUCGAACUCCAAUUCGACGGCAACCGUUGGGCGACAGUCGAGACUUCGGCCUCGGAGCUCGUUUAUUACGAGGUUGUUUAUGUUAUGAAGGGGGACUCCAUAAGCGUGUGCUUGGCUCAAACGAGUCCCGGGCAUUUCCCGUUUUUGUCUUCCCUCGAGUUUCGGAGUUUGGAGCCGUUUAUGUACGCGAUUGUAAACGAGACGAGGCCUUUGUUCCUGAGGAAGAGACUGGGGUUGACUUUGGUCGAAGCUAUGACUGAAAUCGAGGUUUUUAUGUUGAUGUAUCCGAAUGAUAUUUACGACCGAUUAUGGAGUCCGGAAGCAUCCACGGAAGCCAUGAUCCCGGUCUCGAGCACAGCCGUUUUCAACGGUCCGAUCAUAUUGUCGGAAUUACCCCCACCUGCAGUGCUAAAGCACGCAGUUACCGCAAUUAGUCCGAAUUCGAGCUUACAAAUAAACAUGGGAUUUCCACCGGUCGAGGUCCCGGUUUACAUCAACGCCUACUUUUCGGAAGUAUCCCGACUUCAGCUCAACGAGACACGGUCAAUGUCCGUUUUCAAAGAUAAUCUGCCCUUCUCGCAGCCGUUUUCUCCGCCUUACGCUAACUGCACGCAACUGUAUACUAAUAACAUUACAGCCUCAACAAAUACGACUUUUUCUAUAGUCCCGGCAAACGGUUCUACACUUGCUCCGCUUAUAAACGCCAUGGAAGUCUUUGUCGUGGGACCCGAGCUCACAGACGGUACCGACAGAAGAGAUGUGCAAGGCUUGGAAGCUCUACAAAAUGCGUUCGCCACGUUGGCAGAUUGGAGCGGGGAUCCGUGUCUUCCUGCACCAUACGCAUGGGAUUGGAUCGAUUGUAGCAGUGAUUCUAUGCCGCGAGUUACCGCUCUGCUACUCGGUAGCUUUGGCCUCUCGGGAAUGCUUCCGAAUUUUAGUUCCAUGGAUGCCCUUCGAACAAUUGAUUUUCACAAUAACAGCUUGCAAGGGCCUAUUCCUGAUUUUCUUGGCACAUUACCUAACCUCAGAACACUAAAUCUAGCAAAUAAUCGACUCAACGGUUCGAUACCAGCUUCCCUGUCUAACAGGAAUGGCCUUCAUCUAGUUGUGACCGGAAAUGCUGAGCUGUGUGCAUCAGGCGAAUUAUGCCCAGCUUCGUCUGAUAUGGCUGGCUCGCCGAAUAUUCCAGAUUUUCGGCAUUUUGUACGUGUAAUUAAGACUACACGUGUUCAAUGA